UUUUUUUGAAAAAUUUACUGUUUUGGGUUGCCGAGUUGUUGCAGUCGGCCUGACGUGGUGGCCUUGUGGUGGAUGCUUCCAGUGGCUACCAAAUAGGUAGUCGAUGUGUAACUUUUAUCCUCAUAUUUUUUUCAUCCCAAUUCAGAAUUUUGUGCAAAUUUGUCUUCUACCAAAGUGAUUUUAAACUUGUAAGAGAUUUAGUACGAUCGGUCAAUAAUUACUCCUGCUCACUUUACAUGUUUCACAUGUGAACCAUCCUAAAUUCUCCGCAACAAAAGAUCACAAAACCAAAACAAAACCCAGCAAUAUUUUUGAGGCUAUUUUGCAACAUCAAAUUACAAGCUCUGAAGAUUGAACUACACAACAUGGGUGGAGCUAAAGACAUUUUAGCUAACUUUGGUUCACUAAUUGCAAGCCUAAUGUUUUUCUGGGCAAUUUUUCAACAAUUUUUUCCUAAUCAUCUUCGUACUCAUUUAGAAAAAUACUCUCAAAGAAUUAUCACCUUGGUCUACCCUUACAUCCAAAUCACUUUCUAUGAAACAACAGGAGGAUUCAUGCGAAGCGAGGCGUAGGCAAUCGAAAACUAUCUAAGCUCCAAUUCAAGUAAGCAAGCUAAAAAAUUGAAAGCUGAUAUGCUGCAAAACAAUCAAUCUUUAGCACUUACCAUGGAUGAACAUGAAGAGGUAGCUGAUGAAUAUAAAAGAGUUAAAGUUUGGUGGGCAUAUGGUAAAAAUGUUAGCAAAACACCAACAAUAUCAUUUCGUCCUAUUUCAGAUGAGAAGAGGUUUUAUAAGUUGACUUUUCAUAAGAAAAAUAGAGAUCUCAUAAUUGGAGAAUACCUUAAUUAUGUAUUGAAAGAGGGUAGAGCAAUCAAACUCAAGAACAGACAACGGAAGCUUUACACAAACAAUGGAGCUCAAUGGAGUCAUGUUGUGUUUGAACAUCCUUCGACAUUCGAGACGUUGGCAAUGGAGUCAAAGAAAAAGGAGGAAAUUGUUGAAGAUUUGAUCACGUUUAGUAAAGGGCAAGAGUUUUAUGCAAGGAUUGGGAGGGCAUGGAAGCGAGGGUACCUUCUGUAUGGACCGCCAGGAACUGGGAAAUCGACUAUGAUAGCAGCAAUGGCGAACCUCUUGAAGUAUGACAUUUAUGAUCUUGAGUUGACUGCUGUGAAGGAUAACACCGAAUUGAGGAGGCUGCUCAUCGAGACCUCGAGCAAGUCGAUUAUUGUUAUCGAGGAUAUCGACUGCUCGAGGGAUUUAACAGGACAACGGAAAAAGAAGCCAGAUAAAAAGGAGGAUAGUACUGCAGAUGAUGAUCAGAAGAACGCAAUAGAUACAUUAGCCAAAGAAGAUCAGGAGGCCAGUCAGAGCAAGGUUACCCUGUCAGGGCUGUUAAAUUUCAUUGAUGGGUUAUGGUCAGCUUGUGGAGGCGAAAGACUGAUCGUGUUCACGACUAAUCAUGUGGAUAAACUCGAUGCUGCAUUGAUUCGGAGGGGAAGAAUGGAUAAGCAUGUUGAACUGUCAUACUGUGGGUAUGAAGCUUUCAAGAUUUUAGCCAAGAAUUACAUGUAUAUAGAUUCACAUCCUCUGUUUCCAACGGUUGAGAAACUGCUGGGUGAGGUUAAGAUGACUCCUGCUGAUGUUGCAGAAAAUUUGAUGCCUAAAACAUCUUCGGCGAAUGCGACAUCAAGUCUACAGGAUCUUAUCCAUGCCUUAGAGCUAGUCAAGCAGGAAGCAGAACAAGCUGCAGGGAGCCGUUGAAGGUUGUCAAAAUAUUCACAUAGUAGGAAACAUAAAAAUAAAGGCAGAGAGGCAAUUCAAGAUGCACAACAAUAACUUGAAAUUACAAGAACUAGCAGGACAGAGCUACUGUCAGUUGACAAGAAAGCCUGUUCUUAUUCACAAUAAGAAAUCUGAAUUGUAUGAUUGUCUUUUGUAAUAAUAUGAAAAUUAAGAAGACAUUUUGACUGGCUUUGAUGUUUUUGGUCAGAUUAGUUUUAUUCCUGUAGAAAUCA